AUGUCGACCGAACCUCUCUUAGGCGAGAUGGCUACUACGUCCACAAGAAAGAAUAUAAUCAUUAUCGGGGGGUCCAACACCGGUCUCAUGCAUGGAGUCGUUCUGAAGCGACUUGGUCACAAUGUACGCAUUCUUGAGCAGAACUGUCAGUCUGAACGAGCCGACCUCGCCGCGGGCAUCACUACACACCUACAGUUCGAGAGGUUCAUGGAAGUCCACGACCGCAGCAAGGAGCCUUGGUCCAUUGCAAGUCCUGGCAUCCAAUGGCUCAACCGUGACGCCGGGGUCAAGCGCGUGAUUAAGAAGCCUCUGCAGAUGACUUCCUGGAGUCUCAUCUACUACCGCUUGCGUGCCAACUUUGACGGAUACGCCAGCAGUUUCUGUGCUCGGCCCCCGCUCGCUGAUGAGGGAGAUGGAACCGCCGUCUUUGAUCUGGGCAAGAAGGCUACCGAGCUCUCUCGUGUUGAUGAUAGUGUCCGAGUCGAUUAUAUCAGUCUCAUCGAUGACCAGAAGCCCGGCACCUUCUAUGCGGAUCUGGUCAUCCUUGCCGACGGUGCCAGCUCCAACCUCCGCCAGAACCUGUUCCCAGACGUCAAGCGCGACUACGCCGGCUAUGUCGCCUUCCGAGGAACCGUCGACGAGGAUCUGGUCCCGGACCCAGUGAGGCAAGCUUUCGACGAGAAGCUAACCUAUUUCUGCUUCAAGGGAAACUACAUCCUCAUGUACAUCAUCCCCGGCGCCUCCGGAUCCCUCCAGCCCGGCCACCGCCGCUACAACUGGGUCUGGUACCACCCCCUCGCCGCCGCCUCGCCCGCCCUCACCCAGAUCAUGACCGACCGCUCCGGCACCCUCCACCGCACCACCCUCCCCGCCGGCAGCAUGGACCCCCUCGCCUGGGCCGCAUACAAGCAGCUCGCCCACUCCCAGAUGUGCACCCCCUUCGCCACGCUCGUGUCCCUCACCACCGACCCCUUCGUCACCGCCGUCACCGACGUGUCCUGCCCGCGCGCCGCAGCCUGGGACAACAGGGUGCUCAUCGCGGGAGAAGCCCUGCGCCUCGUCCGCCCGCACAUGGCCCUCAGCACCACCGCCAGCGCCAGGCAGGCCCUGCUGCUCGAGCAGGUCCUCUUCUUCUGCCGCGGCCGCGGCCAGCAACAGCAACAGCAACCACAGCUGUCCCUCGAGGACUGGGAGAGGAAGGUCCUGUACGACGCUACGCUCGACGCCUUGAAGAGCGGUGCCUUCGGCACGGCGCUCUUGUAUGGCCCCCUGGCGGCGGCGGGCUGGUGUGGGAGGCUCCUGCUGGCGGUCAUCCGUGCGAAGCUCCCGUUCGGGUUCGUCUUCAGCGCGCUCCCCGAGUCGGCGGCUACGAAGAAGUCAGGCUCCAGUAGAGAUAGAUAG